GUCAAAGUUCACCUAAUGUUUUCCUGAUUCCCCUAAUCUGUCCUAUUUCAAUGAAGAAGAAUCAAAGCAAGUGGCCAAAGAAAAGAAAAACAAAGAAGUAAUUCUUAAUUAUUGUUGGAUCCGUUGUGAUUGAUUUUUGUAAUGUUCUUCUUCGCUGUCUUUGUCUUGUGACAUGUUUUUUGUUGUGUCCUUCUUAAUUAGCUAUUGUUUCCUUUUGACACCUGUUCUUCUUGCUUCUCUCUUGUGACUUGUUUAUUUUUGUAGUGAAUUAUUGGCUCUCUUCUCGAGUAGUGAUCUUGUGACUUAGUUUUUGUAGUGUUCUUCUUAAUUAACCAAUUGUUUUUCUUCUACACAUGUGUUUCUGUAAUCCACUAACUUUUCACUAAAUACUUUAAUCCACCAAACCAGUCUCCAGUUUCAUAUAAGGGUGUUUCACUGCACAACAAUCAGAGUAAGAGACGAAGAUAAAAAAGAAGCAUAUACUUGUUUUUGAAUUCUUGAAUACUUCGUUUAGUUGUUUUGUUUUGUUUCUUUUUACAAUUUGAGGAAACGAAAUGGAUUCGAAAUUCCAUGCAUUUAUGUUCCCAUGGUUUGCUUUUGGUCAUAUGAUUCCUUUUCUUCAUCUUGCAAACAAACUAGCUGAGAAAGGUCACCGUGUUACAUUCUUGCUACCUAAGAAAGCUCAAAAGCAGGUGGAACAUCACAACCUGUUCCCAGACAGUAUUUUCUUUCACCCUCUCACAGUCACUCAUGUCAAUGGCCUCCCUCUUGGUGCCGAGACAACCUCGGAUAUCUCAAUCUCGGAGGAUAAUUUAUUGUCCGAAGCCUUAGAUCUCACUCGCAGUCAGGUUGAAGCUGCGGUUCGUGCUUUGAGACCGGAUUUUAUCUUCUUCGAUUUUGCUCACUGGAUUCCAGAAUUGGCUAAAGAGCAUAAGAUCAAGAGUGUGAGUUACAUGAUAGUAUCUGCGACAGUUAUAGCUCGUUUACAUGACCCUGGUGCACCAGGUGUUCACCCACCGGGUUAUCCUUCAACGAAGGUAUUGUUCCGUGAAAACGAUGCUCAUGCCUUAGUAACCAGGUCGAUCUUCUACGAGAGACUUUAUAAUCAGCUCACUACUGGUUUUAAGAGCUGUGAUGUAAUUGCACUGAGGACAUGCAAAGAAAUCGAAGGUAAAUUCUGCGACUUUAUAUCGCGUCAAUACCAAAAGAAGGUUCUCUUGACUGGUCCAAUGCUCCCGGAACCAGCCACAAGUAAACCACUAGAAGAACACUGGAGCCAUUUUCUCAGCGGGUUCCCACCUGGUUCAGUAGUGUUUUGUGCACUUGGCAGCCAGAUCGUUCUUGAGAAGGAUCAGUUCCAAGACCUCUGCUUAGGGAUGGAGCUGACAGGUUUACCGUUUCUUGUAGCGGUAAAGCCACCGAGAGGAUCAUCGACAAUCCAAGAAAGUUUACCCGAAGGGUUCGAGGAGAGGGUGAAGGGGCGUGGUGUGGUUUGGGGAGGAUGGGUGCAACAGCCUUUGAUAUUGUCUCAUCCAUCAGUAGGCUGCUUUGUGCACCAUUGCGGUCCAGGAACAAUAUGGGAGUGCCUGAUGACUGAUUGCCAAAUGGUUUUAAUUCCAUUUUUAAGUGAUCAAGUUCUCUUCACAAGGUUGUUGACCGAGGAAUUCGAGGUCUCUGUGGAAGUGUCCAGGGAAAAAAUAGGGUGGUUUUCAAAGGAGAGCUUAAGAAAUGCGAUCAAGUCUGUUAUGGAUAAAGAGAGCGACCUCGGGAAGCUAGUGGGGAGUAACCACGCCAAAUUGAAGGAGAUUCUUGUUAGUCCUGGACUGUUUUCUAGUUACGUGGAUAACUUUGUUGAGGCAUUGGCUGAUUUGAUUAGUGUCCAGAAACAUUAUUAGAUCUGAAAUUAUAUGCUUUGUACGACUGGCGAGACAAGAGUUCUUCUUGAGUCAAACAUAUAUUUUAUGAUGAAGGUUGGUAAUGAUAUUAAAUCAAUAUUUUAGUUCGGUUCAGAUGCUUA